UUUUAAAUAUUGAAGAAAAAAUAUAUCAUUAAAUAGUUAAUUAGAAGGAAAAAAAGAAGAAAAAAUAUGAAAUAAUAAGAUUAAUUAACAAUAAAAGCAAAAGUUGAAAAUAAAAUGAUGAGAUAAAUUAACAAAGAAAGAAAGAAAAAACAAAAAAAAGCAAGCACAAUAAAAAGAAAAAGAAAUAAGAACUUUAUUGUUUUUAAUUAGUUUUUAUAGUUCCAAAUAUCACAAUCCAAAACAAAUAAACUGUUUUUACCCAAGGUUAAGUGUUAAAUUCGAGAGAUUAAUGCACUUUGCUAAACCAGAACCUAAGCCUGA